CGCGAGGGAGCUGUCACAAGCCACCUUGCAUCGCCGUGUCUACAUCUUCUUCGCGCUCAUAGCAGAGAAAGGAACCGCCCUCGUUGUUUGGUCGCCAUGAAGGUUUUGGUUGCUGUGUUGCUCGCGCUGCUUGCUUGGACUCAGUGCGUAGACGGCCAGUUUGAUGGCAUAAUCCACAAUAUUGCAAAAACCACGCUGUGUGAGAACGUGGGGAAUGGGUGCGAGGAGAGCUUCGAGUGCUGCGUCAGCUUGCUCAGCUCACGACAAAGGAAAAACCUCAUAAAUCGAGUCGCCAAAUGCGGGGAAGCCAGUGGUGUCGGCCCAUUUACUGUGUUGGGAGGAGGACCCUCGGACCAGCAGAAGGUUGGGACGAUGAGGUGCAUGAGUCGGGACCGGCUGGCACAAACGGUCUUGAACUGUGUCCUCGUACAGCGAAGGCGCUGCUGAGCAAUGUUUACAGAAGAAGAAAAAGAAUAGGAAGGAUAAUAAUGAUAAGAAGAAUGAGAAGCAAGAGGGUUUUUUGAAAUCAUAUACAGACACACUUUAUGGACAAGAAGUAUUAGUUCUUUUACACUAUUUCACAAUGUUAACUUUGAAAUACAUUUCCCUCCCGCAAAGUAGGAAUAUAGAGCAAAUUCGAUUUUUCUCCUUUUUUUUCCAAACUAAGGUUCGUACUUAACUGUACUAUAUUUGCAUUUUAUUAUGCAUAUAGAUGUAUGGAUCCUUUCUCUAUCUUUUUAUUCAGUAUUAAGGAGCUGUAACUGUAACACUAGCAAGGGAAAUCGUUUUCUUUUUCACAUAUAGAGAAAAAUACAGUAGAAUCCCAUGGAAUAUAUAGCUAUGAAUAAAAUCCUCAUAACUUUC